AUGAGAGUGUACCCGACGAAAAUGAUGAGGACUCUGUGGAAUCUUCUGGAACCUGAAGUAAUAAUAAUUGUUAGCACCGCGAGGUUUAGUACCAAAAUUACCAGAGUAUUGUCGAAAAUGCGACUGCCGCCAACGCCUCACUGGCCGCCAUUCUUCUGACAAUUCUCUGCAUUGACACGUGAGCAAUUUUUAUGAGUUCGUCAAAGACUAAAGUUUUUUCCAGCUUCAUUGGUUGGCGCCAGACCUUAUUUUUGGCAACAAGCGUCGACGAUCAGAUGUCUACAGUCGUCUACUUCUUCGCAAUGGUCGCCUACUUUGUGAGUAUCCAAAGUUUAAUUGAAAUAAUUAUUUCGUCUAUCAGAUGGGAUGUGCCAUCCUCGGCACUUGCAUGUGUGAAUCGCCACGAAGUCUGAAAAGCACACGUGUUUAUAUAACUAUUAUCCAUUACAUUUGCGUAGUGAUCUACUUCUUCUACUGGGAUUCGUUAUCUUUGGACGACUGGAACCCGGUGAUUUACUACAUGCCAAUGUUCUAUCAAUGUAUGUUUCUACAGGGUGGUCCACCGUUACCCGUACAAAAGUUUUACGCGGCGCGUAAAACUUUUUCUGAACAUUAACUUCCAGAUACCUACUUGUUAUUCCCCUUCCUUCUAUACUUCCACGUGGUUCACACCGGAGCCUGCACAUAUCAUCUUUGCAAGGAAAAGUUCUACAAGCAGAAGUCCUAUUCUGAAGUGUUAUCUUAUUAA